UCAUGCUUUGUUGUCAUUCCCAUGAAGUUUUACAUGCUCUAACUCUAUAACGGAGAAUCUUCGAUAGGCAACAUGGAAUAUUCAACAACAACAACUUCAGAACGGGAAUACAAUGAAUUCCUAGAGAAAAUACAAUUUUUAUCAUAUAUACAAGGGAGUAUACCAUAUAUUUUGAUGUCGCUACUAGAAGUUCAUCACGAUUUGGUGGUGAGUUACAUGGGAAAAUACUUUUUUCCAUUUCUUUUCUAUAAUAUGGUUUAUGGAAUGGCAGUCAUGUUAUAUAUGCGUCCAUCAAUGCGGAGGAUUUAUGGAUUCCAUCGUUUAACAUUCAGUAUACUGGGAUCCCUUAUGUUCAAUCACUCCAGUGUGAAAUUCUUCAGCUGGUUAAUAAUCAAGAUGCCUCAACAACCUUUGCUUAGAACAGCUGUUGCAUUCGUUUGCGGAAGAAUUAUAAUAUUCUUUUUUAUUUCAUAUCUAUAUCAUGUGGAUAAUACAGUGGGAAUUACAAUUUUCCAAAGGAUUUGAUGGUGGUAGAAAUGACGGAAGUAAUGUUUUACCAAGAAAACACUUGAAAAACGAGUAAAAAUCUUAUUUAUUGUUAGAAGUUAAAACAAUACUAAUUUAC